AUGUCGGCAAAUUUUCAGCCGAAACCAAGACCCGUUCCCCAGUUCCCUCCCACACCACAGACCAUAAUUAAACCCCCAAGAUUUUAUUCAAAUAAUAUAUUCAUUGUGCCCAGAUCGAAACCUGGAACCCAUAUUCCAGAAUCGGACACAACCAAGGAAUGUGUGUGUGAGAGGCCGGAGGCAAUUGUAAUAUGCCGAAAGUAGGGUUUCCGUAGUUUCUACCCUCGCCGCUGAAGACAAACAUUACCAGAAAAUUUUUUUAGAUGCGGUUCGGAGUUGUUGGGACGAGUUCAAAUGACCUGCCCCGCCCAUCCACGAAAGAUGUGCCUGAUGGAUCAAAGGGAAUGCCCCAGCAGUACUUGUCGCUCUAUCGCGUUGAUGGAGGUUACAUUAGAAGAUUGA